UUCCGGUGUAUUGGCCAAUCAAAAGGCACGACAGAUAACAAGGCUCCUUCGAUACCCAUAAACAACAUGGCGGAACAGGUCUGGAAUGACAGUACUUAUGGAAGUUUCUAUCCAUACUUGUGGAGAGAUGUUCAACCACCUGUCGCCACCCAGUUUCCAUCCAAGUAUGCCUAUCUUCCUGAAAUAAAUUCCCCCAGACCAGAUAAAAGUCUUGUUCCACUAAACGGACGGAAAGCUAGUCCAGCUGGAAUUAAUCCAAACUUUGACUUUGAUGCAGAUGAACGAAUUCGCCAGUUAGAAGUUCGACUAAAUGUUGCAGAAAAAUCAAACCGAGCCCUUCUGGAGGAGGUGCUCAGACUACAGAGUGAUGUCAAAUCCUCAAAUCGUAGAAAUGAGGAGGUUUUGCGAGAGGAAAAGGGCUCGCGACAUAAUCUGGAGUCUGCCAUGAAAAUAAACAACGAACUCAUCUCCCAGUUAAGUGCUAGAAUCAAAGAUGCUGAGGAAAAGCUGGCAGAAGAGAAAACAUCCUUGUCAUCACUUGUCAAUCACACAAAAGGGGUGGAGCAAGCUGUCAAAAGUAGUCAAAAUGAACUGAUUGCCAAAAAAGAUGUGCAAUCUCAAAAACUUGUGGAGAUGCGAGCAGAGAUGGAGGACUUACAAGGUGCUAAAAACCAGCUGGAGCGAAUUUGUUUUUCCAUGGCUGAUGAUAUCAGAAACCUAAAAAUGAAAGUAGAACAACAGUCAGCAGAGCUUGGCACAGUCUCCUCAGACCUCAGAAAUAGGUCCAAAAAACUAGAGGAUGACAACAGAAAUCAGCUGGAGGCCCUCAGGAAAACAUCCACCAUCCAAUCACAGUCAGACCAACAGACAACACAACUCAAGGGCCAGGUGGAAACCAGAUUAUCAGAACUCCGAGAUGUCUUGGUGGAUGUGAGAGCUAAACAGGAGUCUGAACUCACAGAGAGAAGGAACCUGGAGCAACAAAUGUCAAAAAAAAUUUAUGAAUUACAACAAGCUCUGAGUGAAGCAAAUAGAAGAAGAGAAGAGGGCAUUCAUGCAAUGGACAUUUUACUGAGAGAAAAAGACCACAUCAAUCAGGCUGAAAAACUCAAUCUGACAUCGAAAGUGGCUGAUACUGUAGAGGAUGUCAACAAAAAACUCCUAUCCAAGGAAAUCAAACUGAGGGAGGAGAUGCAAGAAAGAUACCUACAGCUAGAGAGGCUAACUCAGCAAGAACAACAGAACAGGAGGGACUCUGAACGAGCAUUGAGGGAGGACAUCGAUCGGAAAUUCCUCACCCUCAAACACGCCACGGAGGAACUCAACCUAGACAUCAAAGAGCAGUUCAAGCACGAGAAAGCCAAAACAAAAGAAACAAUUUCAAAAUUAGAUGAGUCCAUUUCAAUAGUAGAAAAGCAAGCUGUAGAGAACAGGAAACAGUUUGAGAAAGUGAUGGGUGCUGAAAUUAGUCAGAGGAAGCUACAUGAGGCAAGUACCAUGGAGAAGUUAGCCAGUGUCAAUGAGAAGUUACAGAUAGCUACCUCAUCCCUCCAGCAGUCAAUCGGGGGGAUCACUCAGACCAUGGCUAGCCAGAGUGAAAAGUUGAAGAGAGAGAUGCGAACAUUAAUGUUGGAGCAAAAGGAGGCCAGUACAAGGGCUAUGACUGACCUGGAUGCCAGGAUGGGCUACAUGAAGACACGCAUGAAUGAUUUUGAGGAGAAGCUGGAGUCACGUGUUGCGUCUGAAAAAGAACAAAUGGAGGCUACUGCAGUCUUGUCUCAGAACCUUAGAGAAAAGGUGGACGCCAUCUCAAUUUGGCAGGACACCACACAACAGACCAUUAAAGAGCUGUCCACUAACGUCAAUAAGCUACCGGAGGAGCUGUAUGCUCUUCAAGAAAAGCAGACACUUAUGAAGACGGACAUGACCAGUCGAUUUACUGCUGAGUCUGAAGCCAGAACAAAGGAGAUUGAACAUCUGAAGGCAGAGCUUCAGAGCUUGAAAGAGAGGCACGAUCCACUUCCUGCCACCAAAUCUGACCUGGAUAAUCUCACGGCUGCAGCUUCAGAUGAUCCUAGGGUACAGGGCAGUGUUCGUAAGUUGGCAGACUCCAUACAAACAGUAAAGACUGUGCUAGGAAUGAAGAUACAGUCAGAACAGAAACUGAGGGUAUCAGGAUUAGAGAACCUGCAGGUUCAAGUGAAUCAACUCAAAGCAAAUGUUGGCAUGGGCAACAUUUAUACUGGUCAGCCAGAUUAUCGUCAAGAAAAUGACCUUGACACUGGCUUAGGGUCAUGGGAUGACCCCACACCCAAUACUAGCUCUAGUAAAAACCCUAGUUCUAGUGCAGACCAACACCCAACUACAUCUCGGGGUGAUGGAAAAGACAGCAACACACAAAUGGGGACAAUUCCUGAAGGUGGGGAAACCAGUAGAAAGACCCCAGUCUCUCCCAGCAGAGGGGGUAAGACAAAAACUCCAACCAAUAGCCGAACAGUAACACCUUCUAAGAGUAGGAAUGUCACCCCCACUCAAUCACGAAAUAACACACCAACACAACACUCUAGAAAUGUUACACCUAACACAAAUCGAAAGAAGAGUCCAGCUCCAUCUACUGGUAAAGAUGGUAGCAAUACUAACCGGGAUGGAAACCAGGCCAAUAACCAAGAUGGGAACCAAGCAACACAAAAUGGAGACCAGACAACCAAUAGUUUAGCAGAUGUAUAGACUGUUGUAGUGAUGGUCAAAGUGGAAAUCCAGGUUAACAUAUAUUCUUUGGAAAGUCCGACAGCAAAAGGCAAAUUCAAAUACACAUGGACAGUCAUCAUCUGGCGUGAAUUC